GACAAACUCUCGCUAGUGUGGUUCAUGCAUGCUGAUAAAAAAAACACCAACUGCUAUCCUAGACGAGUUAUCUUCUUCAUCCUUUUAAUGUAUAAGACUUAACGGUUGAAGGUAAAACUAGAAGUGCGUGAUCUAUCAUGUCAUCAUGGAGUCUGCCUGUGCGCCGUCGCUCGUCAGGAGCAUCGAAGGACAACAUCUUGCCAGCCGAAGCAAGCAUCACGCCAGGGAAUUCGGAUUUUGCAAAUACUGACGCAGGCAAAUACGCCGGCGAAAUAGUAGCCAGAAUGUCCGAAAAUGGUAAUGGCCUUCAAAACGAUAAAACGAAGCUAGAAGCUGAUGCAGUUGAGGGCGGCCAUGACGAGACGGAUCCGAAGUAUCCUACUGCCGCAAGCAAUCCCUUCGCCAAGCAGCGACUUUUUCCUGCUGGUGAUGCACUCCUCUCAGGCCAAAACGCAGGACAAAAUGGAGAUCAACAGGCAUUCUUGGUCGUGUCCUCCGUAAACGCUGGCAUGGAACAGGGCGACCGAGUUGUCGAGGCAUACCUGCAAGGUUCCCCUGCAAAGCAAGAGCUCGGAACGCAGAUUCGAGGUUCGGCCGAAGUAGCAUUGGACGUCGAAGCAGCGCAUGAGCGUUUCAUGCGUGAGUGUGUUACCGAACAGCGGACAUCGGCAGACAACACAUUCAAGUAAUAAUGUACUCAACCAAAUGCAAAUGCCAAUUCAGAGAACUGUCUGCUUAUACCGCUUUUCCGAUAUGCUGAACGAAUCGAUUCGGACUGCUACAACAUCAAACAAUAGGAGUGUAGUCGUGACCCUGAAGCUGAACCCAUAAGUAAGAUAACAUAAAUAGAAUUUGAAUUCAAACUUCUACUUUUCGUAAACAACAUGAACAACAUCAAAUAAAUCCUCUUACUUCUACUUCCCUAGGUCUUGGAUGACGAGUUUUCGCGAGAGUCCGCAGGUUGCCCAAGCCCUAGCCCAAAGCUAUGCUGCAGUGGUAGUCGCACGAGAGGGGCGCAUUGUGAAGAUGCACGAGCAGUUCUGCAAGCUUCUUUCGAAGAAGAUUCAUACAGACGGAUUUUAUCAGGCCAUUCGUGAGAAGUGUCGUGCAGAUGUUCUGAAAGUGUAUCUGAAAGAAAAAUGGGAGUCGCAACGCUUGUUUGUGCAGGUAUUUAUAAGCUGAGUACCAUUUUUAGCUUAUCCACUUCUAUGUUCAUCUAGUAGUUCUACUUCAGCAUCUCGGGAAUCUUGGCGAAAUAAUCAUGUAAAAUAUUCGGAGUACUAUCCCUAAAAGUCAUUAUUAAACCUGAUUCGACGACGCAUUUAUUUUUAACAGGAAAAGUGGUCCGCACACCGGGAGCAAGUCCGCGUGUGGGGCGAUGUCUGUAUGAAGCAACAGGACGAGAUUACGAAGCGCAUCGAGUCGGGUGAGAUAACAAAGAGGCUAAACUUGCGGGACCGUAAGUACUACGAGCUGGCGAUCAUGGCAACUAUUGCGUUCGUAGUUUCGUCUCGGACCGUUACCUUUUCCGGACGAGUGAUGACCGCCACGUUGACUCGCUCGCUCGCGGUCGCGCGGCGCUUUGGGCGAAGAGCGUUCUUCUUGUUCUGCGCCUUGUUCGUUUUCAUGUACCACUACCGGGCUCAAUGCCGAGAUAAGUUGUCGAGUAUGGGCCAAGAUGUGCUGCGCCGCAGCGUGGAGCGCGCCGUCUCCUUGAUAUCCGCAGCACCAGGCGGAGAACUCGUUAAUUACCUCACUCCGGGAGCUUGGCGAAAGUCGUCGAACAUGUCGACAGAGGAGAACAGUGAACACAACGACGUUCCUGCCACACCAAUGAAGAAUAUCAAAUCGUCUGCCGCAUAGACGAUAACGAAGGAAGCAAAACGACUUGGAUUUUGACAAAUUCAAUUCCUGCGUGGAUAAAAACAAGUAGGUCUAUCUAAAAGCUUCGAAUUUUCUUUGGCUCGCAAUACUAGCCCUCUUUGUGUAUAAAAAAUGAAUCAUGAAGGUGUAUCGUAACUACGGAACUUGAAAAAUAGAAACAAGUCUGUGUCUAGAAAACAAAGAGAAUACAACAGAUUUGGAUUUCGAUGAUUAUUGCCUAUACCUUUUUUGGAGCUUCGCUGCAUCUUCAAGUAUCUGCCAGCAGUGUUGAUCACUGCUUGACAUAACUGAGACAGCUGAAAUUGCACAGUAUGUAUUGGAAUGAAUAGAAUUAGUUUGGCUUCGGGAAGUAGAAGAUGAAAACCAUAGUCUAUCCACUUGGUCUAUUUUGAAUGUAAAAUUGGAUAUGUCACGAUCAUCAUGACCACAAACACAACAGAGCACAGGAAAAGACUUCAAAACUAGCCGCGACAGGCAACACCUUUCCAUCGUCAGGUUUUCUAAAAGAAGGCCUAGGUCAUAGUUCAAUGCAUGUGAAAUACGUUUUUCGUCAGCACGCCACGAAACUUUGCAAUUUGGGAACAAAAGUACGAACAAGGAACUCGAACCUAUCACGCAUGAAGAGCGA